GCCCCCCUCAGUCCAGCCGCUGCACUCCUUCCGGCGGCCGUUUCUCGGGUGCCCAGAGUUGACACUGCCACGGGUCUGGGGGGAGCCAGGAUUCCGGGCUGACGUUCCCCGCCCACUCCUGCAGGGCGCGCGUCCGAGCUGCCCACCCUGGCAGAGCUGUCACCGGCGCUGCUGCCUGUCGGGCUGCGCCCCUGCGCCUUGCCUCCUCCCUGCCCGGGCCCCGCGUUCCCGCCUCUAGAGCAGAUCCGGUGGUUUUCGCAGCCCACCCCGGCAUUUUCACUUGAGGGCCAGCUGUGGCAGUUCCCUCCUUCUCCAACUAGUCUGCCUUUCCUCAUUACCUCCCGGAAGGAGGCGGCUUGGCAGGCACCGUGGAAAGAGCCCUAGAUUUGAAGCAAGACUGGCCCAGGUUCCAGGCCUUGCGUCAGUGUGAUCACUUAACCCUUCCCAGUCGCAAGCUUCUUAUCUGUACCCUGGGGGAGUAUGGACUAUUGUUGAUCUGCGGGGGUGAAGUGAAAUUUUUCAUUUUCCUAUUUGUCCUCAUUGGAAACCCUGGUAGCAUAGUGGUUAAGAGCUACAGCUGCUAACCGAAGGGUCGGCAGUUCGAAUCCACCAGGUGCUCUUUGGAAACCGUAUUGGGCAGUUCUAGUCUGUCCUGUAGGGUCGCUAUGAGUCGGAACCGACUCGACGGCAACCGUUUUUUGGUUAUUUGUCCUCAUGUGUGUCAGAUAUUGUGCUAGGCUUGCACACCAGGGGUAUCACCUGAGUUAUUUGCCUUCCUGUCACCAUGUAGGUCUCCGGGCCAGGGCAAUGUUCCGCACCGCAGUGAUGAUGGCGGCCAGCCUGGCGCUGACCGGGGCCGUGGUGGCUCAUGCCUACUACCUCAAGCACCAAUUCUACCCCACUGUGGUGUAUUUGACCAAGUCCAGCCCCAGCAUGGCAGUCCUGUACAUCCAAGCCUUCGUCCUUGUCUUCCUCUUGGGCAAGGUGAUGGGCAAGGUGUUCUUUGGGCAGCUGAGAGCAGCAGAGAUGGAGCACCUCCUGGAACGUUCCUGGUACGCUGUUACUGAGACCUGUCUGGCCUUCACCGUCUUCCGGGACGACUUCAGCCCUCGCUUUGUUGCGCUCUUCACUCUCCUCCUCUUCCUGAAGUGUUUUCACUGGCUGGCUGAGGACCGCGUGGACUUUAUGGAACGCAGCCCCAAUAUCUCCUGGCUCUUUCACUGCCGCAUUGUCUCCCUCAUGUUCCUUCUGGGUAUCCUGGACUUCCUCUUCGUCAGCCAUGCCUAUCACAGCAUCCUGACCCGUGGGGCUUCUGUACAGCUGGUGUUUGGCUUUGAGUACGCCAUCCUGAUGACUAUGGUGCUCACCAUCUUCAUCAAAUACGUGCUGCAUUCCGUGGACCUCCAGAGUGAGAACCCCUGGGACAACAAGGCUGUGUACAUGCUCUAUACGGAGCUGUUCACAGGCUUCAUCAAGGUUUUGCUGUAUAUGGCCUUCAUGACCAUCAUGAUCAAGGUGCACACCUUCCCACUCUUUGCUAUCCGGCCCAUGUACCUGGCCAUGAGGCAGUUCAAGAAAGCUGUGACAGACGCCAUCAUGUCUCGCCGAGCCAUCCGCAACAUGAACACACUGUACCCAGACGCCACCCCAGAGGAACUCCAGGCAAUGGACAACGUCUGCAUCAUCUGCCGGGAAGAGAUGGUGACUGGCGCCAAGAGGCUCCCCUGCAACCACAUUUUCCACACCAGCUGCCUGCGUUCCUGGUUCCAGAGGCAGCAGACCUGCCCUACCUGCCGCAUGGACGUCCUUCGGGCAUCGCUGCCAGCCCAGUCACCGCCACCCCCUGAGCCUGCAGACCAGGGGCCACCUCCCGCCCCCCAGCCCGCACCACUCCUGCCCCAGCCCAACUUCCCCCAGGGUCUCCUGCCUCCCUUUCCUCCUGGCAUGUUCCCUCUGUGGCCCCCCAUGGGCCCCUUCCCACCUGUCCCACCUCCUCCCAGCUCAGGAGAGGCUGCGGCCCCUCCAUCUACGAGUGCAGCUGCCCUUUCUCGGCCCAGUGGAGCAGCCACAACCACAGCUGCUGGCACUACUGUUGCUGGUGCCUCUGCCCCGGCACCUGGUUCUGUCCCUGCCCCUGAGGCUGGCCCCACCCCAGGCUUCCCCUUCCCUCCCCCCUGGAUGGGUAUGCCCCUGCCUCCCCCCUUUGGUAAGUUGGGCUGCUCUUGGGCUGUUCUGGACGGGGAGGGUGGGCCAGGCCCAGCAGCCAGUUUGAGCUACUGCCUCUCCCCAGCCUUCCCCCCAAUGCCCGUGCCCCCUGCGGGCUUUGCUGGGCUGACCCCGGAGGAGCUGCGGGCUCUGGAGGGCCAUGAGCGGCAGCACCUGGAGGCCCGGCUGCAGAGCCUGCGCAACAUCCACACGCUGCUGGACGCUGCUAUGCUGCAGAUCAACCAGUACCUCACUGUGCUCUCCUCCCUAGGGCCCCCCCGGCCUGCCACAUCAGUCAGCCCCACUGAGGAGGCUGCCCCUACAGAUGUUGCUGCUGCCUCCUCCACUAGCAUUCCCAGCUCCGAGGCCACCACUCCAUCCCCAGGAGCCUCCCCACCAGCCCCUGAGACUGAAAAGCCUCCAGCUCCAGAGUCAGUGGGCGCUGAGGAGCUGCCGGAAGAUGGGGAACCUGAUGCAGCUGAGCUCCGCCGCCGCCGCCUACAAAAGUUGGAGUCCCCUGUUGCCCACUGA